CUCAUCAUCUAAGAAGGAUGAAAAAACCACACAGAACAGUCGCAAUCUUUGGGUGAGUGGAUUAUCUUCUAGUACCCGGGCCACCGAUUUGAAAACACUCUUCAGCAAAUAUGGCAAGGUAGUUGGCGCUAAAGUGGUUACCAAUGCUCGCAGUCCUGGCUCUCGGUGCUACGGCUUUGUAACAAUGGCAUCAGCAGACGAGGCUACCAAGAGUAUCCAGCACCUUCAUCGGACAGAACUGCAUGGUAGAAUGAUUUCUGUAGAAAAGGCUAAAACAGAACCACAGGGAGCAAAAGCCAAGGUGUUGCCACCAAGUGGGUUGAAAUCUCCGGCAAAGGCAGCUCGGCCAUUACAUCGUUCGGACAGGAAGCCGGCAACGCCACGGAAGGAUGGUGAACAUCGACGCCCAUCCAAGGACAAGUCAAGCUUGGGGGACAAGAAAAAAAAAGAUGUUGAUGUUUUGUCUUUUGAAAAAAUCAAGGCGGAAAGGGAACGUGAACGACUCAGGCGAAAGGAAUUGUUUCUACGCCAAGAGGAACGGAAGCGCAAGCUAGCUCUUGAAAGGGAAGAAUUUAAGCAGCGAAUGAUAGAUAAACGCCAGAGGGAUGAAGCAGCUAAGAUUGAGCGGGAAAAAAGACGCCUUAGAGCAAUGAGAGAUGAACUGGAGCGAGAGCGCAUAGAAACAGAAAGGCUAAGACUUGAAACAGAGAGGCUACAGAUAGAAAGAGAACAAGAGGCAUACAGAAAAGAACAGAGAGCCCUGCAGAGCCGCCGAGCAGCAAAACGUCCAGCAGAGAGACCUCAAGAAGAAUGGCCAGCAAAACGUCCAGAGCGAUUUUCUGGUGUAGACAGGGGGUCACGCUUUGAAAGGAAGGCAGAUCGAUUUGAAGGAGACCGGGUGGCUCGCCGGGAAGAAAGAUCCGGAGGAAGACAUGAGAGGUUUCAAGAGCAACCCGUGCGAAGGGAGCGUGAGGCACCAGUGAGAGGUUACACAGGCAGGGUUGAGGAACACAGAUCAGGUUUUAGGGAAGAAAGACCACGAAGAGAUGCCAGAGCACCUCGUGACUCAGCCCGUGCGUCCAAUAGAAGUGAUUCUCGCAGUGAAUGGAAAUCAGAAAGAGAAGUCGUACGGACAUCUGGCGGAGGUAGCUGGAGUACUCCAGUCGACAGCAGCUGGAGUACAGAAGAUAUGGGACAAGGUGAAGGCUGGCGCUCUGGGGUGGUGAUGGCGCAGCCUAACAGUGGCUUUGCAAUGCAACCGGGGACAAUGAUGACAGGGGCCAUGGGAACUCAGACCGUGUUCAUAGCCCAGCCAGCCAUGCAGGGAACACCUAUAGUCAUGCAGGGCAACAUGGGACGACAGAGUGACUCCAGAUAUGGCGUAGCAAACAGCAUGCGGAGAUUUUAA